CCUCCCAGUUGGUUUCCGCGCGAAAAGCCGGGGCCUCCUGCGCUGCUGUCGCGUCUGCUGUAGCCUCCGAAAUGCCGGCCCGCACCGCCCCAGCCCGAGUGCCCACGCUGGCCACCCCGGCCAUCUCCCUGCCCGACGAUGUCCGCAGGCGGCUCAAAGACUUGGAACGAGACGGCCUAACAGAAAAGGAGCGCGUGAAGGAGAAGCUGAAUCUCUUGCAUGAAUUUCUGCAAACAGAAAUAAAGGCUCAGUUAAGUGACUUGGAAACCAAAUUGCGCAAAGAAGAAUUAUCUGAGGAGGGCUACCUGGCUAAAGUCAAAUCCCUUUUAAAUAAAGAUUUCUCCUUGGAGAACGGAGCCCACACCCUCAAUCGAGAAGCAAACGGCUAUCUAGAAAACGGGAAAGGCCGGAGAGUGGGAAUGUCAGAGCCAGACACCCCCCCGAAACCCGGCCCCAAACCUCGGGCACCCAGAAGAAGCAAGUCUGAUGCUGAAGCAUCCUCUAGCUCCAUGGUUACAAGGAGAGCUACCCGGCAGACCACCAUCACGGCUCAUUUUGCCAAGGGCCCUGCUAAACGGAAACCUGAGGAAGAAUCUGAAAGGGCAAAAUCAGAAGAGUCUGCUGAAGAGGAAGAUCGAGACCAGGAGAAGAGGCGUAGAGUCACGUCCAGAGGACCAGUUGCUGGACAUCCUGAAGCAGAACCAGAGAGAGUAACACCAGGAAUUCACACCGCUCAGGAGGAGGAGAGAGACGAGAACGUAAAGCCUUGCUACCUCUCUGUUCAUCAAUCCCACCCUAAUCUUCUUGAGUCCCCUUGG